AUGAUAGCAUUUGCCGAACAAAACCACAAACCCAUGGAUUCCGUCCAGUAUUUGGUCCAAGACUUGAGCCAAUCCUGGGAUUCAUUGAGUCCUGUGUUGAAGGCAUUGGAGUCUAAGUUAGAGACAAAGUCGGAAGAGAAACAGCUAGAUGAAAUACGUCAAGCAUGUUCGGACAAUGGCAUGCAAGUUACCAAGCUUAAUGUCGACCUUUAUGCCAACUAUUUGAACAAAUUCAAUAUGAACCCUGAUUUAAAUGCACCUAGCAACUUUGGUCCCGCAUUUCACGUGGAAGACAAGACAUCGCCGGCGUUUGCAUUCAUGAAGAAUAUAAUGUUUGACAUAGCGUUACGUCCGGAUGCGACUGCCCUUAACCCUCACGCCUACGACCAGUUGGCGGCCAAAUGGGACCCAAACGGACCCAUUGUUCCCAUCUAUGUUCAUGGCAUACACUUAAUGAGUUAUAAACUAUAACUGUUUAUUAAUUUGUUAUAA